GACGCCAUGACGCACCGUGUGCGUCUGUUACGGAUGUAAACACUGCUCGUUUCAUGUGGAGGGAAAACAUGGUACUGAGGCUGGAGCGUUUUGUCAGCCCGGGAAAAGGUAACGGUCUGCGGGCGAAAGCCAGGACCAAGAGGGGAGAGCUGGUGUGCUCCACCGAGCCGCUGGCGUGCUGUGUGUCCAACAAACUGGCCAGAGAUGUCUGCCACCACUGCUUCACACGACGUGAGACCUUGUUGAGGUGUUCCCAGUGCAAGAUGGCUCGCUACUGCAAUAUCACUUGCCAGAAACAAGCAUGGUCUGGCCAUAAGAGAGAGUGUAAAUGUCUGCAAAGCCUCCUACCCAGAAUUCCCACUGACUCGGUCCGUCUGGCUGCGAGACUCAUCUUUGCCUUGUUAAGUCCAUCUAAGAGCAGUAGUGAGGAGCUCUACACAUUGGAGGAGCAUGAAACACACCUGAGUUCCAUGUCUGAGCUGAAGAAACAAGGCCUGUCUCAGCUGGCAUCCAUGUUAGAGCUGUAUUUACGACAGGAAGUACCUGACCUGGCACAGGAAAUUACGUCAGCACUGCCACCUUCCUGCCGAGAACCCCUCAGCCUUAUUGCAAAGGUGACAUGUAAUUGUUUCACUAUCAGUGAUGGAGAGCUGCAAGAGAUUGGAGUUGGGCUGUAUCCUAGUUUAACCCUGCUAAACCAUGACUGUAGGCCAAACUGUGUGAUGGUGUUUGAGGGAACAAAACUGCAGCUAAGAGCUGUUCGGGAUAUCAACCCUGAAGAGGAGCUAACUAUAAGUUACAUCGAGACGUUGUCAUUGACUGAAGAUCGACGGAGACAGCUGGAGGACCAGUACCAUUUUACCUGCCACUGCCAACGAUGUGACUCUCAAGACAAAGAUGGACUCAUGCUGUCAGGGGAAGAAUCAACAUGGCGUCUGAUGAAGGAGACUCUACCCAGACUGGAAGGACUGAAAGCAGAGUCGGAUUGGCAAACACUACUAGAGCGCUGUAGUCAUCUGUUAUCAACUGUUGGUGGUGACAUGCCUGAUGAAAAUCUGUAUAAACUCAGGAUGACAGACAUGGCUCUAGAUGCCUCCAUUCACCUGGGACACUGGGAGGAAGCUGUGGGAUAUGGGGAGAAAACACUUCCAGUUUACAGACAAUACUACCCUGAUCCCCAUCCGGUCCAUGGAGUCCAGCUGAUGAGAGUCGGAAAGCUGCAACAUUACCUGGAACAUAUUGAGGAUGCUUUGGACACAUUCAAACAGGCCUAUCAAAUCAUAAAGCUGACCCACGGUGACGAUCACCCCUUGACCACUGAUCUAUUGAUGAAGAUAGAGGAAUGUCGCACUGAGAUGGUUCAACAGUCAUCCAGCAGUCACUAAGACACAGCCACAAAAAAAACCUGAUACUGUACUCUUGUACAUGUAAAUUAAUGGACUAAUUUCACUUUCUCUCUUAGUUUCUUAUAGUCUUAAUGUUAUUAGUGUAUUCGCCAGUCCCAGCCAUCAAAUUUAUGAGAUUUGUAGUAUGAACAAAAAGUGGAGAAAUAUAAAUGGGAGAUGAAUGUGUGUAGCAAAUUUAAUGGUAAUCCAUCCAACAGUUGUUAAGACAUUUCACUAAAAAACACAAUUGUCAACUUCA